UAGAUAUCUGUACACCCAUGUUCAUAGCAGCAUCAGUCACAGUGGCCAAAAGGUGCAGACGACCCUAAUGUCCACCAAGUGAUGAAUGGAUAGUGUCAUGCGGAGGAAUCCCUUCGGCGUGGACAUCUGCUGCCGGAAGGGGUCCCGAAGUCCCCUGCAGGAGCUCUAUAACCCCAUCCAGCUGGAGCUCUCCAACACCGCCGUCCUGCACCAGAUGCGGCGGGACCAGGUGACGGACACGUGCCGCGCCAACAGCGCCCUGAGCCGCAAACGGCGGGUCCUGACCCCCAACGACCUGAAGCACCUGGUGGUGGACGAGGACCACGAGCUCAUCUACUGCUACGUGCCCAAGGUGGCCUGCACCAACUGGAAGCGGCUCAUGAUGGUCCUGACCGGGCGGGGCAAGUACAGCGACCCCAUGGAGAUCCCGGCCAACGAGGCCCACGUGUCGGCCAACCUGAAGACGCUGAACCAGUACAGCAUCCCGGAGAUCAACCACCGCUUGAAAAGCUACAUGAAGUUUCUGUUCGUCCGCGAGCCCUUCGAACGGCUGGUGUCAGCCUACCGCAACAAGUUCACCCAGAAAUACAACACCUCCUUCCACAAGCGGUACGGCACCAAGAUCAUCAAGCGACAGCGCAAGAAUGCCACCCAGGAAGCCCUGCGCAAAGGCGACGAUGUCAAGUUCGAGGAGUUCGUGGCCUAUCUCAUCGACCCGCACACCCAGCGCGAGGAGCCCUUCAACGAACACUGGCAGACCGUCUACUCCCUCUGCCACCCCUGCCACAUCCGCUACGACCUCGUGGGCAAGUACGAGACCCUGGAAGAGGACUCCAAUUACGUCCUGCAGCUGGCGGGCGUGGGCAGCUACCUGAAGUUCCCCACCUAUGCAAAGUCUACGAGAACUACUGACGAAAUGACCACAGAGUUCUUCCAGAACAUCAGCUCAGAGCACCAGACGCAGCUGUACGAAGUCUACAAACUCGAUUUUUUAAUGUUCAAUUACUCAGUGCCAAGCUACCUGAAAUUGGAAUAAAAAGGGGGUGGGAGAGGGAGAGGGUCAUGCUUUUUAAUUUAAGAUUUUUAUUUGUCAAGAGAGUUCUAUGGAUAUUGGGUUAUUUUGUAAAUUAAUGUUUCUUUGGGGGUGAUGCUGCGAGCAGCGUGGGUGAGGAUUAUUUAAAACCCCUCGAGGGGAGGACAGCCGUCUUUGCGGGGGAAUCGGGUGGGUCGUCCUCGGGUUGAGAAGUGAAUCCUGCAACACGGUUCUCAAAGUUUCCUUGUGUUCUGGUGAAUUCCAUGAAUUGUGCAUUCCAUAAAUUCUAAUUAAUAUUAUUUAUAGUUAUUUAAA